ACGCCGCACUUCGAGUCGGACUGGCUUCUGAAGCCAGCAGGAUGAAUGUGGGGGUGGCACACAGCGAAGUAAACCCCAACACUCAAGUGAUGAAUAGCUGGGGCAUCUGGCUGGCCUACAUCAUCUUGGUACGACUGCUGCAUGUGGUUCUACUCAGCAUCCCCUUCUUCAGCAUUCUUGUUGUCUGGACCCUGACCAACGUCAUCCAUAACUUGGCUAUGUAUGUCUUCUUACAUACGGUGAAAGGAACACCCUUUGAGACCCCUAACCAAGGAAAGCCUCGGCUACUGACACACUGGGAACAGAUGGACUACGGGCUCCAAUUUACCUCUUCCUGCAAAUUCCUCAGCAUCUCUCCUAUCGUACUCUACCUCCUGGCCAGCUUCUACACCAAAUAUGCUGCUCACUUCCUCAUCAACACAGCCUCAUUGCUCAGCGUACUGCUGCCUAAGUUACCCCAAUUCCAUGGGGUUCGUCUCUUUGGCAUCAACAAAUACUGA